AUGUUUAGAGCAACAGAAAUACAUCUAUAUAAAUUGUACAUUGAAAGAGAAUAAGCUUUCAAUUUCCUUACUAAAAUAGGAUAAAUGAACAAUGUUAAUAUAGUUAAUUGUUCAAACAAUCCAUUUAAUGAACAUGAUUAUUACAAAUAAUUAAAAAGAUGUGAUGAUAUAUAUAACAAAAUUAGUGAGAUCAAAAACCUUUUAAAUUUAUAUAACAAAUAAAUACAUUAUUGUCCUAAUUAUGAAGAAUUCAUAUCAAACAUCAAAAUUACUGAAGACUAAGUAAUAAAAAUAGAAUAAGAUCUAACACAUAAAAUUCAAUUUAUAUUAAAUCAAUAAACAAAUCUAUAGUAGAUAAUUGAAUAAAGAAAUAAAUUAGAAGAAUAAAUGUAAAUAUAUAAGAUAAAAUUAAAGCGCAAUAAUAUAACAUUGUAAAGAAUUCAUAUACAAAUUUUCAGGAAUCUAAUUAGGAUAUAUUGUUGGAUGCAUGAAUACCUUGGAUUCACACAAAUUUAAUCGAAUUGUGUUUAGAAUUUCAAAGGAAAAUGGAAUUGUUAAAUUUUAGAAUUUGAACAAUUAAAGAACUCUCUUUACGUUGGUUUUUACUCUAGGUAAACAUGAGAAUUUAAAAAAUAAAUUACUAAAAAUAUGUGAAGUAAUUUAUAUAUUUAAUGAAUUAAGGCUUUUAAUGUAUCCAUAUAUUAAUUACCUGAAGAAAAUAAUGUUGAAACUAAACUAAUUGAAUUAUAAAAUGAAUUAAUUAAUUUAGAUAUCACUAUAUCAACAACCAAAUAAGAAAUAGAUUAACAAUUAGAUUUUUUUUCUGAUAUUUAAAUGGAGCAUUUAUUAGAUUUGAAUAAUAUUUAUGAUUAUGGUUAUUGUUCAUAUAUUUGUGAGUUGAAGAUAAUUUUAGAUUUGAUAAGUGCAACUUAUUAUCAUCUUACUUUUUUUGAAGCAAAGUCUUAAUUUUUAAUUGGUUAAGUAUGGUGUGAACAAAGUGAUAUUGAAUUGAUGAAAUAAACUGGAGUUCAAAUAGAAAUUAUAUAGGAUAUUAAUGAAAAAUCAUAUGAACCCCCUAGUCUUUUGAAAACAAAUUAAUUUACUUAUAUCUUUUAAGAAUUAGUGAAUACCUAUGGAAUUCCUAGAUACGAUGAAAUAAAUCCUGGACUUUUCACUAUAAUCACAUUUCCAUUUUUAUUUGGUAUGAUGUUUGGUGACAUAGGACAUGGAGUAAAAUAUUUUCUAUAUAUAGAUAGUAUUAACAAUUUUUGGUUUCUAUUUAUUGAUAUUUGGUUAGAGUGUUAUCAAAAGAAUCAAAUUAUAAAAUAAUAGUGAAUAUUUAGCAUAUGCUGACUUUUAGAGUUUGUAUUAAUGUAGGUAUCUCAUAACACUAAUGGGACUAUUUGCUACUUAUUGUGGUUUUAUUUAUAAUGAUUUCUUUUCAAUAUCAUUAGAAUAUAAAUUAGAAAAGUUUUAAUUGGGUUUUGAUGGUAAAUGGAGUAUGUCAGAAUCCCAUCUUACAGUUAUGAAUUCAUUCAAAAUGAAGACUGCAAUAAUCGUUGGAGUAAUUCAAAUGGUCUUUGGAAUCCUACUGAAAGGUUGGAAUUGUUUAUAUUAAAGAAAAUUAAUUGAUUUCUUCUUUAACUUUUUACCUGAAUUGGCUUUUAUGUUAUCUACAUUUGGCUAUAUGUCAUUUUUAAUAAUCCUUAAAUGGCUCACUAAUUAUAGUAAUAAUUUGGAACCACCAUCAAUUAUUACUACUUUGUUAAAUAUGGUUUUUACAUUAGGAGGAAUAAAAGGAGCUGAAAUGUAUCCUCAUUAAGUUUACUUUUAAACUAUAUUAAUAAAAAUAGCUAUAUAUUCGCCAAUAAUUAUGUUGCUUAAACCUGAAGUUAUUCGUAUAAAAAGAAGGUUUUUUAAUCAAAGAAAUUAAUAAAUGGUUUAUAAUGAAUUAGUAGAAUAAGAACAUGCUUAAGUAGAAUUAGUAAAGGAAGAGAAAAAUUAAAUAUUUGGUAAAUUAGUAUAGAAUAGAGUUAUUAAAGAAGAAAAGCAUUUUGAUUUUUCAGAAAUUUAUAUUGAAAGUUUAAUUGAAUGUAUAGAAUUUGUAUUGGGGGCUGUGUCUAAUACAGCUUCAUAUUUGAGAUUGUGGGCACUUAGUUUAGCACAUUCUCAAUUAUCUGAAGUAUUCUAUUAUUAUUAAAAUGUUAGGUCUUUUUUAAAAUGUCUAUAGAACCAUAAAUAUAAAAUGGAUCAAUAGUUGGAAUAUGUUUAACUUUUAUAGUAUAUGCUUUAGCAACUUUUGGAGUUCUUAUGUGUAUGGAUACAUUAGAAUGUUUUUUACAUUCAUUAAGAUUACAUUGGGUUGAAUUUUAGAGUAAAUUUUAUAAAGGAGAUGGUCAUCAUUUUUAAAAAUUUAAUUAUCUUCAUUUUUUAGAUUAGAAAUUUUAAUUUAGUACAAGAAUGUGA